UCCUGCGCCCGGCCCUCCCCUCCCCUGCCCUCCCCUCCCUUCGCCCGGUGCUCCCGCUGCAGCCGCUGCCGAGCUCGGUGUCCCAGGGCAGCCCCGCGGCGGCGGCGCGCGCGAGGCCCGGCAUGGCGCCGCGGCGGCGGGGGCGUGCGCCGCGCGGGGGCCGUAGGCCGUAGGGGCGGUGGGCUGCCCGAGUAGCUGACCAGUGGAUGAGAAAGCAUCACCUUCCCGCUGUGCUACAGUAACCCAACCUCCGUGGUUUUGCAGAAGCGGAUGUCUGACCAUCCUGUAGGCAUGGCUCACUUAAGGGAAUUUGCCAGCCAGCACUCCAGGGUGGACCCUGAGGAGCUGUUCACUAAGCUGGAGCGGAUCGGCAAAGGAUCAUUUGGUGAAGUGUAUAAAGGGAUAGACAACCGCACGAAGGAGGUGGUUGCCAUCAAGAUCAUUGAUCUGGAGGAAGCCGAGGAUGAAAUUGAGGACAUUCAGCAGGAGAUUACCGUGCUCAGCCAGUGUGAUAGUCCCUACAUCACCCGGUACUAUGGCUCCUACCUGAAGGGCACUAAACUGUGGAUAAUCAUGGAGUACCUGGGAGGAGGCUCGGCCCUGGAUUUGCUAAAGCCUGGACCCCUGGAAGAGACUUACAUAGCUACUAUCCUGAGGGAAAUUCUAAAGGGCUUGGACUAUCUACACUCUGAGAGGAAGAUCCACAGGGACAUCAAGGCUGCCAACGUACUGCUUUCGGAACAAGGAGAUGUGAAACUGGCUGACUUCGGAGUGGCCGGACAGUUGACAGACACCCAGAUCAAGAGAAACACUUUUGUUGGGACUCCAUUCUGGAUGGCACCAGAGGUCAUCAAACAGUCUGCUUAUGACUUCAAGGCAGACAUCUGGUCCCUUGGAAUUACAGCCAUUGAACUAGCAAAGGGAGAGCCCCCAAAUUCUGACUUGCAUCCUAUGAGGGUUCUCUUCCUGAUCCCCAAAAAUAACCCUCCGACACUUGAGGGACACCACAGCAAGCCCUUCAAGGAGUUUGUGGAAGCCUGCCUCAAUAAGGAUCCUAGAUUUAGGCCGACAGCUAAAGAGUUGCUAAAGCACAAGUUCAUCACACGCUACACCAAGAAAACCUCAUUCCUAAUGGAACUGAUUGACCGAUUCAAGCGCUGGAAGUCAGAGGGCCAUGGAGAGGAUUCCAGUUCUGGUGAUUCUGACAUUGAUGGAGACACAGAAGAUGGAGACCAGGGUCCAAUCUGGACAUUCCCACCAACUAUUCGCCCCAACUCCUUGGGCAAACUGCACAAAGGAAUGGCUCUUCAUGGUUCCCAAAAGCCUACUGAGCCCAUCAAGAGGCAACCACGGUCGCAGUGUCUCUCCACACUUGUUCACCCAGUCUUUGGGGAGCUUAAAGACAAGCACAAGCAGACUGGAGGCAAUGUGGGAGCUAUGGAGGAGCUGGAAAAUGCCUUCAGCUUGGCUGAGGAGUCCUGCCCAGGCAUCUCUGACAAACUGAUAGCACACAUGGUGGAGCGGGUACAAAGGUUUUCACACAGUCGGAACCACCUGACUUCUGCCCGCUGACACAUACAUUCCCUGCUGCUGUUUUGAGGGGGGAGAAGGAUUUUUUUUUUUUCUGGCUUCAUAAGAACUACAUAAGAACCCAGACCACCAUCUGCUGUUGGAUGUAACAUUGUGUUACGGACUCCAGGACAUUUCAGAGCCUUCAUAUACACGUGUUUCCAUGAUAACCCAGGGUGGGGUUUGCAAUGCAAGUACAAUUUAGACCUUUUGCAGAGCCCAAGAUGGGCGGUCUAAUUGUUUUUACAAUGUACUCAAUGCAGUUUUUAAUUGUUUCCCUAUGGAUGUAUCCAUUUUGGCUUGGUUUGAUUCACAGCUUAUUAUAGGUAAAUGCCUGGCUGCUGGAAAAGAGGAAGAGUCUCUUCUAUUCAGAUAUGUUUCAAAGGCAAGUCUGAUGGGUUUAGCCGUCUGCCCUUUCCAAAGAAGUGUUUGUGAGCAGUAAUGUGCAAGUGAGGUAUGUCUGCAAGCUCUCCACGCACUACAGCCUCUGGGAAAGUUAGAGCAGCACUCUAAUUGUUCGAGAGGAUUGUUUCAACGCCUUCACACACUAGUAAAGAAAAGCUUUCAACUACAGCAGCAGUGAAGCUAAAACGUGUAGCUUGCUGCUGGUCUCUCCUAGCUUGUCAUUUCACAGGAGGAUGGGUUUGCUGACUGUGCUUCCUUUUUGGCUUUGGGACAUCAUUUUCUAUUAGGCCUUGGUUCAUCUAAUUCAGGCUACAGCAACAUUUGCCUUGAGUCAGGACGGCCGGGCAAGGCAAAGUGGUCGUGUUCUGGUUUGGAAGGGCUGAGGAGCGGAUAGGGUUCCUUUCCUUGUUGCUUUCUGCAUCCGAAGUGGCCAGAUCUGUGGCUUCUGGCAGCCCUGGUCUCUAAGCUGAGCAGCCAUCCCACUGUUUGGUCAGAUGUCGCUGAAGGGUUUAAAAAAGGGGAGGGGAAGGGGGAAUAACACAACCAAAGGCACUGACAGGGCUUCAGUUCUUCAAAAGGCAGUUCUACAUUUCAUAGAAGUUUUUUGAGGCAAAAAAACCCCUGUCUUCUACAGGAAGAUUAAAAAUUAGAUGGCAAACAGCAGUGGUGUCCAUGUGUCACGGUUUGGGUAGCGAAACCACACUAGGUGCCCAUCCCCUUCCUCUCAGCUUUCCCAUACUGGCUCUUCUCUUGGUUUGGGAGCUGAACUCCCUGAAGCCAGGGCGUUGCUCCAGUUGCCAAGGUGUGUUGUUGCUUGCUAGCAGAGAGAUUAAAGCAUCUACUGAUGUGUUGCCUGCUUAAGGUAUUCCAGUGGAGCCAUCCCAACUAGCUUUGCUUUCUGUAUAGUACUAGUUUCUCAAGCAAAUCUUUAAUUCAGGUUAAUGUGCAGAUCUUAAAUCUAUACUUUAAAGGUCUAGAAAAACAGACGUAGGAUCAUAACUUCUGACAGUGAGUUGCUCAGAGAACUCUCUAACUGUAAAGAUAUUACCAUUAAGUCAGCAAGAUUUUAGACACCCAGCGCCUUCUGUCUGGGUGUUUGUGAAUGAUGUGGCUCACCCAAAAGCCACUGAGAACAAAAGUGAGAGCUGUUCAGCAUUUUUUAAAAGAUAGGCCACUUUGUUCGUGACCAAGGUUUGGGGGGUUUUUUUGUUUUUUUUUUUUUGUUUUUUUGUUUUUUGGUGGGUUUUUUUUUUUUUUGGUACUUUGAUUCAGACCUGCAGCUUGUAAGUGCUGGGCUCAAAGGGAGCAUUCGUUCCACCAUCCCAGUCUACUACGGUCACUUUAGCUUAUGCCUCCCCUUUACCCUUCCUCUGCGAUGUAUAAAUAUAGGCUCAGCAAACACGCUGGACUUGUCUGGUAGAGAACAGGUUUCGCCUAGCUAGAGAGCAGUUGUGGUGUUUCUCUGGGUAGCGUGAGAGCUAUCAGCGCCUGUAUUUAUGGAAAAACAGAACAACCUCUCUUUUCUUCCCUCCCCCCCCCCCGCCCUGCUCAGGAGAAGGAGUCAGCAUAUAGAUGGGACACUUACAGAGGUGGGAGGCAGAGGCUGCAGUCUAGCAGAAAGGCAGCUGAAAGGUUCCUGCUGCUUUUUAAAGUUGUUGUUCAUGACGGUAGCAAAUUGUGUCAAUAAGGUACCUUGUAUUAUUAUUAUUCACGUGCACUGCAGUGUAACAAGUAAAGUUUUUAAAGGAAACAAUCCCCACGAACCUUCCUUCAGUAUUCAAAGCAACGAUGGUUUUAGUUUUUAAAAACAUUGAAAGGGAACUGCCACUUUCAAUAAAGUUAACAAAUCAAAUGA